AGCCGCUCAUAAACGGCGUCGUUAGGCUACGUAAAUUUACAAAUAUUACGUGUUAAUGGUGUUAUACACAACACAGCUUGAAAGCUCAAACGCGUCCGAGUCGAAUCACAUCUCUCUUCACUCCAACUCGCGCCUCUUCCUUCAUCGUAUAAUCGGUUAAACGCCGUCGUUCUGCUGCGAUCCGAACCAUCUCCAGUCUUCGCUUUAGGUAACGAAGCUUUUUAAAACUCGACAGACAUGAGUUUUGUGUUCCGGGGGACUAGAGGAGAUAUUGAAAGUGGGUUUCCCGAAUUCAUACCAGAGCGGCGUGCAAAUGGUGCAAUGCGUGUUCAUACAGCGCGGUCUGUCAAUUCCAACUCACUUGCUUUUCUCGUCACAGUUCUUUUGCUAUUUAUGAUACUGAACUCGCACCAAAUGUCUCCUAAUUUCCUGCUGUGGCUAGUCCUCGGGGUCUUUUUGAUGGCCACAACCUUAAGGAUGUAUGCAACCUGUCAGCAGCUUCAAGCGCAAGCACAGGUUCAUGCAGCAGCAGCCAGUGGCCUUCUUGGUCAUACUGAACUGCGGUUGCAUAUGCCACCAUCCAUAGCGUUAGCAACAAGAGGGCGUCUUCAAGGUCUCAGACUUCAGCUUGCUCUUCUGGACCGCGAAUUUGAUGACCUAGAUUAUGAAACUUUGCGAGCUCUAGACUCCGACAAUGUUCCAUCAGCUUCUUCUAUGAGUGAGGAAGAGAUAAAUGCUCUUCCUGUCCACAAAUACAAAGUUGUGGGUCCUCAAAAUGGUGCCUCAUCGACUCAACAAAGUUCAACCUCAGUACCUGCUGAGAAGAAGCAAGAUACAGCUGAUAUUGGGAGUACCAAAGCCAUUGAAGAUGAACUGACCUGUAGUGUCUGCUUGGAGCAAGUUAACACGGGGGAACUCAUCCGCAGCCUUCCCUGCUUGCAUCAGUUUCAUGCUAGUUGCAUUGACCCUUGGCUAAGGCAACAGGGAACAUGCCCAGUGUGUAAAUACAGAGUAGGUUCUGGGUGGAAUGAAAAUGGACAAGGUGCAGCAAUGGAUGCUUCUUACAUGGUUUGAUCAUGUUUAUGUAACUAGUAGACCUUACUGCUGAAUCAGGCACAUGAACUAAGUUAAAGGUACUCGCCCAGAUUGGUGUAAUGGCAUUGAUAUAGGUAUGGGGGUCACAAUAUGUCAUCAACACAACAAGUUUGUAUAUUUGUUGAGAUUUGAAAUAUAGUAUAAUAUGAUCAAUCCUAAAGUUUUGACAGAAGCUUGCUGACUCCACUGUUCAUUGAUGCAUCAUUAAGCUUACAAUCAGGAAUUU